AUGUGGAAUGAUGAAGACAAUAAUCCAUACGGCACCAGCUUCGAGCGCCGAGAUUCAAUAACUUCUUCAAAUGCUGUCCCGAAUUCACCUGGAUCUCGUGCUGAGUCUGAUGCUGACUCCGAGGGCUGGGAUAUCAUAGAACAUGAUUUUGGUGGACCACGCACUCCUUCCACCAUCAGCGAAAACCAAGAUAAUGUACCAGAGCAGCGCAAUCUAAGUUAUGAUCCGAGUGAGGCAGGAAGUGAUGAGGAUUAUGGCGAAGCCUCUCAGGCUACAAGAAGGCAAAAGAAAGGGGGGUACGAUAGUCGCAUUGAACAAAUUCUUUACGAGAAUCCGGAUCUCCCUAUUCUGAUUGUUGAUGCCGGGAAGAGUUCUGAGAGUGGUGGGAAAUAUAUUGUGUAUACGAUAAGAACCGGGGAUCUUGAAGUCCGUCGUCGCUAUUCCGAGUUUGCCUCUUUAAGAGAUGCCCUCUCCAGGUUGCAUCCUACUUUGAUCAUUCCACCUAUUCCAGAAAAGCAUACCAUAGCAGAUUAUGCGGCGAACCCAACCAAAGCAAAGGUGGAUCAACAAAUGAUAGAUCUUCGAAAGCGCAUGUUGGCUGUCUUCUUGAACAGAUGUAGGAGAAUGGAUGAGGUACGGAAUGAUGGGGUUUGGUGGAGAUUUCUGGAUCCAAACGCAAGUUGGAACGAAGUAUUACAUUCCCAUCCUAUCGCAUCAAUUCCAAAAUCCAAUAUGAAAGCCCCACCACUCGACCCCGCCAACCCCACACCAGCUCACGCAUUCCUACCUGUGCCUGCAUCCUCUGCGAAACUCAAGGCAGCUUCUACAUCUACUACAAAUGCUCAAGGUAUGAUAGCACAACCUUCUGGGUAUGCCGCCAGUCCUUCCACCGCAGCGCAUUCUACAGCCGGACCGCAAGUCUUUGGCAGAAUCCCUCCGGAAAGUGCGAAUUUGAGUGAACAGGAUUUGGAUCCAUACUUCAUAAGCUUUGAAUCUUCUACGAAGGACUUGGAAGCGUUGUUGACCGGACCCAUUGAACGAGUGAACCGGAGGACAUUGACCCAUUUGUCUUCGUUGUCGACCGAUUUGGCGGAACUUGGCGCUAGAUACAAUGGGUUUUCGCUCUCGGAGCCAUCGGCAUCUCUUGCAGCUGCUAUCGAAAGAGUUGGUCAAGCUGUUGAUUCCUCUUACAUUGCGACCGAGGAACUCUCUGCUUCCUUAGGUGCAACCUUUGCCGAACCAAUGCGCGAGAGUGCACAAUUUGCCGGUGUAGUGCGAAGUGUUUUGAGAUAUCGCGUUUUGAAGAGGGUUCAGCAAGAGAUGACUAACGAGGACCUGGCUAAGAAGAAAGCUCUUCUAGAGCAGUUGGAAAGGAGCGAAGCUGAAGCAAAGAGAAUCGACCAAUAUCUAACCAAUAGUGGAACUGGCAAUGUACCACGGCGGUCAAAUUCGUCUGCAAGAGAACCGCCACAGGUAAGACGUGAAUCGCCGCAUGAUGAUACGGCAUCAAUUGACUCCGAUUUUCCUCCAACUCACGGCGAAACUCCAUCUGCUUCUCAAGGAAUCCCUCAACAGGAAGAAAUUCCUCCUACUCAUCGAAAAAGUUCCAGUGGAAAUUUCAUCACAAACAAGAUCUUUGGACGUAUAAGUCAUGCAGUUCAUGGCGUUGUUGAUGCUGACCCGGAGCGAACACGGAGGGAUCAGAUUAGCAAGACUAGAGAGGCCAUUUCACAUUUGGAGCAAGCACAACUUGCGUCCGCACAAGAUGUUAAGGAUGCAAGUGCAGGUGUUCUUAAGGAUUUGCAGAGGUUUCAAAAAGAGAAAGAAGAUGAUUUGAAGAGAUAUAUGCUUGCAUACGCGAGAGCUCAAAUUGAAUGGGCUAAAAAAAAUAAGGAAACUUGGGAGGAAGCCAAACUCGAAGUGGAGAAGAUAGAUGACAAUUAA